AUGGAUCCUAUUAGCAUCAUCGCGUCGGCGAUCACCAUCGGUGCAAGCGCAGCCCAACUCUCGCUUGCUCUCUUCAGCGUAGUUCAGACAAUCAAGAAUGCGCCCACAGAAAUAGCGGAGAUCGAGAGUGCACAACAGGAAGACGAAAAGCUCGAGGCGGCCACGCAACCUUCCUCCUCGGCUGAACUAGCCCUAUGGAAGAGUGGCUCCUCUGACACUGCGCCCUGGCUCUAUCAACUGGUUUUCAGCUCUGGCGACACAAGUCCACCGCCACCAUACCCACAAACACGUCAACUCCACCAAGCAUCCGUCGUUGAUGAAAGCGCCGAAACGGCCACUAGAAACAGUCAUGCAUCAUCUCCAGAGCCCGUCGCAGUACCCGAGAGACGAUCUUCAAGUCCAGAUGAGAAGGCCAUGAUCUUGUGGAGUAGGCAAACGGAACCUGAUCUGGUUGUAGACAGACUACUCUCCUCAUGGACCACGCUCUCGCCGAAUCAAAUUAGUCUCAGCUCAACUCGUCAACACGGUGUCGAGGGCGUUGUGGAGGACGAUGCCUGGAGGGAGGAAAUUCUCAGGAUGGUAGAGGAAGCAAAGAAGGACGACAACCUAUCUUUUGACGAAUGGGAAGAGCAGAAUGAGCCUGUCGGGUCCGACGACGAGGCAUUCCAGAGUGCCGAAGAAGACAGUAUGGUCGAUACUAAUGCACCGCCGUACAACUUUCGCAGUAACACCCAAAAAGCCCGCAUAAGGAGUGCAAAGAACUCUAACCGUACUGAUCCACGGGCUCAUACAUACGAACCAUCACCAACCUACGGCGACCCCCCGUCACCCAGACGUAAGGCUCGCGAAGUACAUGUGACAUUUGGAAAAACGUCAACCGGCCAUCCACGUCAACAUGUAUCUAAGCAAAGGAAACACGGUGUGAAGCCACUACCUGCAGAGGCUGAAACGAGACAGCGUCCUUCCAAAGUCUACACGAUUCAUAGUGGUGAUGAUGAGGAUGAUGAGGAUGAUGAUGAUGGAGUUUUCGACAGACCCUACCGUGACAGGGUCAACAUUCGCGAUCCUAGGAACAAGUCCAAAUCAGGGUAUUCAAAUCCCUUCAGACAUGGUCACAUUCCGCCCCCUGUCAAUUAUGGAUACAGUCCGCCAUGGCAGGAACCACCACACGUGCUCCCGCCUUCUGAGCCGCCGAGACAAGCAUAUACAUCCGAUCCAUACCCACAAUACCCUCCAAGUCAUCAGCCAGCCGUUGAAUCCCCUCCGCCGUCUCCUGCCCAAGCUCAAGCUCCACCGAUGCCUCUUCCUCCACCCCCGCCGCCUGCUCCACCCGUGGAGAUGCAGACAAGAACGGCCGAGGAUGAGGCCAGAGAAACUGCUGUUCUCGCUCGGGUAGAGACACUACUUCAGAAGCGCAAUCAAGAACCCCGCAUUGAGUACGAGGACUCACCGUUCUCGAAACUGGCGAAGAUAUUCAAGGAACAAGAAGUCCAAAACGAACGGGAACGUGCCAAUGCAACAGCUGAGGUGUAUAUGAAGCAGAUGCAGGAUGCCCAUGAAAAGGAAGAGGAGAAAAUGAAGCAACUCGAAAGUCUCGUAGCAGCUCAAAGGGCAGAGCAAAAGCGCAUGGAGAUCAUGUGGGCGGAGGAAAGGAAGACUAUGGAAGCAAAAGCCGCAAAACAUGCUCAACAAGUGAGGGAUCUGGCAGCGAAAGAGAUUGCAGCGGCACAGUCGGCUAAGGAAGUAGCUCAAGCAGCUCUCAAUGUUGAGAGGCUGGAAGCCGAGAAGGAGGCACGGAGAAAAGCCGACGCCAUGGUCAUAGCGGAAAGACAACGAACCGACGAAGUGCACAGGUCGCAAUUGCAGCGCUACGAAGAGCUACUUCAUGGGAUACAAGAGCGGCAAUUGAGCUCAGAGCAAGAAAACGAUCAGACCAUAAGACGGACUCGCAUAGCCGAAGGCAAUCGCAGCGUGGAUGUAACAGAAUAUGCGACAAGCAGACGACCUCCGCUUACAGCAUCUUCUUCCACCCCAUUCUUGGAAAGUUUCGCGCGCCUGGACAUGAGGCCGAGCUAUCGCGAUCGUCCCCAAAGAACUUCUCGUCGUGACAGCUUUCGCAGCUCCAUGGGCUCAAUGCAUGCUUCGCGUACUUCAUUAGGAAGUACAGCCACGUUGGAAAGUAACUCACCGUCUCAGCAGAUGAUCGUCUUCCCUGUCAAAGCCGACAGACGCUCUCAAAGGAUGGACAGGCUGCAAAAGUCGCUGGCUGGGUUUGGAAUUGAAUCCGUCUUUGAAAACGCUGAAGACGAACCAUUUCAAACCAGUCGACUCAUACAAUAUGAUUACGACAACACGGAUGACCAGGUUGUUAGGAGUACCAUCUUUUGGGAGUCCUCAGCGCUUAAUCUAGGAAGCGAGCUUCUGCUGACCAUGAGGCAAGCCGGAUGGAGAACACCCUACACUCGUAUAUCAGGCAAAGGUCAGACUCACUAUUUAGGGAGUCAACCGAUACAUACCUACUUCUUUGACCCUGACUACGAACCGCAGUUUUGCCCAUCUGAGACAGCGUCAGGCAAAGAAUCGAUCACUAUUCAGAAAGCCCUUGUGGAAGAGUAUGCGCUGGUCGAGCUUGGCUUCCAAUUUCAGAGCAACGAUAUGGGUUUAUAUAUUCUCGACGGUAGAUUGACAUAUAACGACAUCGAGACACUUGUUGAACGAUCAUUCCUCAUGCGAGAAAACAACUACCGGCGCCUCCACCGUCAGCUACAAUGGCAUUUCGACAAGGAUCCCGAAGUACCUUUGAGUGCCUAUCCAGCCACGUAUGCGUCAUCAGCGCACUCUGCACCGUCCGUGUACUCGGGCGAGAACUCCACUGUCUGCGACGACACAGAUGCAGAGACGCGAGGCAAAAAGAGCCCCAGUUCGGCAGGCUCCGAUGCUGAUCAGUCUGAUAUUGGCGAUGUCAGCAAGUUCCUUGUUCCUCGAUCCAAAGCAUCAAGAAGAAUCGGUAUCAUUCCGAGGCAACACCCAAAACUUCGUAAGCAUCGCGCCUUCUACAAGCUAUCUUAUCAAUUCCGCGCCCUAGCCUCCACGCGCAUUCUGUACAUGCGCUUCAAACACUUCCUCGCCCUCUCAGACCCACGUCUUUACACGCUCGCCAACUUCCGCGUCCGCUCCCAUUGGCGCACCAUGGCCGCCGCCCCGCCCCCAGAUCGCCCGAUAAAGCUAUUGAUGCUUCACGGAUACACGCAAUCCGGAUCACUAUUCCAAGCCAAGACCGGCGCACUGCGCAAGACAUUACAAAAAGCCUUCCCCAAAGGCAUCGAACUCGUAUACCCUACUGCGCCGAUACGUUUAACACCCGCCGACGAAUCGUUCCUGGCAGGAAACACAAGUAAAGAUGGCGAGGGCAAAGAUGCAAAGGAUGGAGAGGAGCAGGAAAUCGACGCAUGGGCUUGGUGGAGGAGGAAGGGCACAGGCGAACCGUAUACAUACGAAGGCAUGGAGCAAGGGUUGGAGCGCAUCGCAAGCGUGUUGAAAGAACAAGGUCCUUUCGAUGGUGUCGUGGGAUUCUCACAAGGUGGAGCAGCGGCAGCUAUGGUCGCGAGUUUGCUCGAGCCAGGCCGUCGUGCUGCGUUUGAGAAGCUGUAUCCUGAGGGCGGUAUGAGGUUCCCAGAGUCUUUCGAAGAGGACACCGGGUACAUGGAGGGUACAAUACAUCCGCCGCUGAAGUUCGCGGUUAGCUAUAGCGGCUUCGCAGCGCGUGGGAAGAACCCUUAUCACGCUUUCUAUGAGCCUAAGAUCAAGACACCGAUGCUACAUUUUCUGGGUACGCAGGAUGUCGUGGUUGAGGAGGCGCGCAGUCUGGCAUUGGUCCAGGCUUGCGAACAUAGCGAGGAGAAGUACGUUGUGUAUCAUCCCGGGGGUCACUUCCUACCAAGCACGCAGAAAGCUAGUGUCAAUGCGUUGAUUGGGUUUAUCAAGGAAGUUUUGCACGAACAGCAGGGUGGUGGAAAGAAGGAAGAGGAAAGUGUUGAGGAUAUGGAUGUGCCGUUCUAA